AUGAGCUCCUCGCGCGGCCAAGACUCGACAAUGCCCGCCCACGAGGCAAAGGCAGAGGCAGCGCACCACCAUGGCUCCAUCCCUUCCAUAGUCGCCAAUGCCGCGCCAGAUGACGCCGCAGGCGAGACCGGGUCGAUCAGUUCGUCGACGACGGUCCUCUCAAAAGACACCGCUGCCCCGGAGCCAGUGCCCGGGGCUGCCAGGAAGAGGCGGAAAUCCACCCUGCAGGUUCUCGCCUCUCUUAUACCCAUGCUCAACACCUCUGAACGAGCAGAUAUACCUCCACCCGUGCCACUCGCCGCCUCGCGAUCGAUCAGCAGGAAGCCCGUCGGUUCGUCCGCCAAUGCAUCGCCCAGCGACCACGCCCACCCCGCCUCCUUCUCUCAUAACGCCUCCCUCCUGCCCAACAUCGACCAGGCGCCGAUCGGAUUGGGCCUCGCUGCCCCCGACCUCCCUCCCCCUCCUCCCCCGCGGCCUGUAAACUCCCAGGCCCCUCCCGCGAAGCAGAAUUUCCAACCAGGCCUAACUCUAGACACCUCUUCCGCCGUGGCCGAGCCAGACAACAUGCUCCGUGCUACCGCCGGAACGCACGACGUUCCCGUACUACCACCCCCAUACGGGCCCCCUCCUGUCCCGGCCAAACACGAUGCUACACCGUCUGGGAACUCCGUUCCACAGCAGACGCAAGAAUCCCCUUCCGUACUGCACAAGACGAGGCAGAGGGCACAGAGUGGCACCUUUCACGGUGACCACAAGCGGAAAGAGUCGGAUCACCACGCGCGCCUGCAACCGCGCCGGAGGACCUCGAACUCGCCCGAACCACGUGGGAGGAGCAGUUCAGCCCGGCCUGCCAGCAACCGGAACAGCCUUCUAGGGGUCGGCCACGCCCCGGAACCGCGAGAAGCCUCCAAGAACUCGAGCGACGGCGGGCACAGCCCGGCGCCUGAUCGGGGCAAGAUUCGCAGGUCCUUCCUCCCCGGCUCAAGGUCGAGGUCAAACUCGCACGACUUUGGGCAGUCCGCCAACGGCACUGCUGCUGCCUGGGUCAUGUCUCCCGAAAGCAACGCCGAGUACAACCUCAAUCUCCUCACCAACGGUGAAAAGGUCCCGGAGCUGUGGAACGAGUCCGGCACUGUAUAUGUCUACCUCUACCCGAAAGAGAGCGGCCGCGGCGCAUCGUUCAAGGUCCCUUCUUGGAUUGUCGGCCACUCUCGAGUCUUCAACGAGCUGAUCCAGGCAGAGAUGUCGUCUCCUGUCAGUGCUAGAAGCAGGGCCAGGAGUUUCGGCGGCCGGGACAGCCUGUCGGUGGCCGACGCAACACGGGUUGCCUCACCACCGGUCCCCGGCGAGGGCGAAACGCGUCUGUUCAUCCCGAACAUGUCAGCCAGCAACGGGCAGUUGGCGGCAUCGAACCAGCCUCCGAUGCAGGACCUCGAGCGGGUGGUCGCCAUCCGCAACCUCUUCGCCUUCCUCACCGGCCAGCCCCUGGUCGGCACUACUAUGCACGGCAACAAAUUCUCUGCGUUUUUCCAGAUCGCUUCGCUACUGCGAGAGUUCGACUUCAGCAGUGCUGAUGGGUCGUCGUUUGGAGAGGCGGUUGAUCUGAGCUUCGGCUUUUAUGUUGACCAGCUCGGCCUCGCUGACGUCAGACAUAGCCGCGAGAAGACGAUAGAGGCUCUGGUGCUCGGCGAGCAGAUGAAGUCAUGGACGCUCUACAACGAAGCCUUCGCGCACGCGGUCGGCAAGUACACUGCCAUUCUAGACAUCAAGUCACCACUCUUCCACCGGGUAUCUCUCAACACGAGGCAACGCCUCGAGCGGGCGCAUAUCGACCUGCUCAACCGCCAGCACAAUGUCAACAUCCGGCUGGAGUCGUUUGACUUCCCCGGCAUCUUCGCCGGCACCGCCAGCUCGACCUCCACGGCCGAGUACAGGAACAUCCGCUUCAACAAGUGGAGGACCGCCUUCGGCGACAUGCGCAGCUUCAUCCUAAAGUACUACAAGACCUCGUUCGGCAACUGGCCGCCCAAGGCCAGCAGCAAGAAGAACCCGUUCUCGGAGAGCGGGCUCAACAGGCAGGUCCUCAAGGCGCUGUACUCGGACCUCUGCUCGCUGUACGACCUGCUCGUCGACCGCGAGUCCCUGACGCCCCGCGUCAUCGACCAGGAGCCCGAGGACCUGCAGGACACGACCGACACGACCAUCCUGGCCCUGCGCAAGAUCCUCGGCGAGUUCGACCACUCGUCCCCGCCCGUCCUGCCGCCCAUCCCCUUCGACACGCCCAAGAUCCCCACCAUGACCACCAUCCGCGAGACGUACCCGGACAUGCCGCCCAAGGAGCAGCAGCGCUUCGACCGCAGCAUCCAGCCGCACGAGCUGCAGCUCAUCCUCAUCAAGUCGUACAACCUCGACGCCGACGCCGUCAAGACGCCCUUCCUCGACAGCUUCAAGGAGUUUGAGCAGAAGGCCGCCCGGGGCUCCUCGGAGCAGGAGCUGUCGGAGCAGCGCAUCGGCUACUGGCUCUUCCUCUACGUCGUCCUGCAGUCCCUGCCCAUGCUCGUCGUCGACGCGCCGGGGCUGCAGUACACGGAAGGGGUGGAGUACUUCCUCUGCGAGCCGCCGCAGGGCAACCUGCCCUGGCUCGAGGACGCGGGCGAGGUGCGCAAGAUGUGGUACGAGGUCGCCGGCGGGGCCAGCAUCGUCGAGCUGUCGGCCGACGUCGUCAUGUUCUCGGUCGAGGCGACGUACCACCGCUCCCACUGCUGGCUGGCCGCCAAGAGCUGGGAGGAGUACGCCGCGGACCAGCAGCAGCAGCAGCAGCAGCGGACGAGCCCCUCGGGCGGCCCGCUGCCGGGUGCGCCCCCCGGCCUGCCGCCGCCGGAGCUCUCGCCGCUCGAGCCCCCGCACGCCACCUUCCAGGACAUGGACCCGGCGUCGAUGUCGUCGUCGUCGUCCAUGUCGGGCCCGCCGCCGACGCCGCCCGUCGCGGGGCCCUCCCCGCCGCCCGGCCUGCAGCCGCAGAUGGCCCUCCGGGGCCGCUCGCCGGCCCGCACCUCGGCGUACCGCCCGUCGAGCAUCGCCAUCGGCCUCGAGCCCGUCGACUUCCCGCCGCAGCAGCCGCUGGACCGGUCCUCGCGCGUCUUCAGCGCGCCCGUGGCGCCCGGCGGCGGCGGCGGCCUGCCGCGCCCUUCGUCGACGGGCAACCUGCAGUACGUGGCGGCCGGGUCGGCUUCUUCGCACCCGCGGGGCGACUCGGUUGCGGGCCCGCUGGGCGGCGGUAGUAGUAGGCUCGCGCCGUCGGCGACGGUGGGCGCUGGCGUCGGCGGGGAGACGGGCGGCGGCGGGGGUAGCACUUUUGAUGAUAUCUUGCAGGGGAUGGACGGGGGCAAGGAGAAGAAGAAGAAGGGGAUCUUUGGGUUCUAG